AUGGUGUCGUAUGCCAUGUCUAAUUUGCGUGUCAAAGCGUCAGAGUGGGCUUACUCUGCGCUAAUGGCAAGCGCCGAUGCGUUUCCAUCAUGGACGAUCUUUAAAACAAAGAUCCGCGCCAUGUACCAGCCGCCUAACAAUGAAGUGCUACUUCAGGCGCGCUUCUUUGGAGCACGACAGGCGAAACGCUCUCUGCAAGAAUAUGUGCAGGAGAUGCGUUCGCUGUCGGCGUCCAUUACUAUGGGUCCGAUAUUAAAACACAUUAAGGUGCCUACGUUCAUGCACGGACUACGCCACGGCCCAUCUCGUCAGGCCCUUUUUAGAAAGGUGCCAAAGACGAUGGAGAAGGCAAUUGAUAUUGCCAUGGUUGAGGAGAAAUCCUACAACAGUGCCUCGGCGACAGCUUAA